CCUUUAUAAGUACAACUGGAGACUACGAUCAUAUUGCUGUCGAAGACUUACAAACUCCAAUAGGAGUAGUUAAUAGUGCAUUGAUCAGAACUAAAGAUAUACAAAAUCUUAAAAUAAUUUUAGAAAAUGUCUGAUGUCCAGUUAUUUGUAUCUAUUGGUCUGUCGGAGGCUAAAGCAAAAGAGACAUUGAAAAACAAAAACCUAACUACUAACUUAAAGUUUGUGAUCGAUGAGUUCUCCAAGACAAAAAAAUCAUUGUCAGAUUAUGGAAUUUUGUUGUAUCAUUUGGCUUCAAAACUAAAAAAUCAAGAUUCUAAGCAUAUACCUUUAAUCAUCAGUUAUAUAUCUACAAACAAAUUCGACACUACUCAAAGAAUCGAUUGCAGUUUAGAGUAUUUGCGCUCAUCAAUAUCUGAUAAAGAUACUGAUAUAUCAGAUUUUGAAAAAGCCUGCGGUGUUGGUGUUAUUGUUACACCUGAACAAAUAGAGCAAGUAGUCGGAUCUGUAAUUUCUAAAAGCAAAAAUGAACUUAUUGAGAAAAGAUAUAAGUUUAAUAUUGGCGGUCUUAUGCAAGAAGUUAGGAAGCUAUUGCCUUGGGCUGACGGAAAAGCAGUUAAAAAUGAAGUUGAUAUUCAAGUCUUAGAAUUGUUGGGUGCAAAGACUGAAGCUGAUUUAGCACCCGUUCAAAAACAAAAAAAAGUGAAAGAUGUAAAACUUGUAGAAAAAAAAUUGGUUUAUGAACCUAUGUCAAUUGAAGAGGUAGUAGGUAAAGUAGACUUCCAUAAACCCGGAGAGAAUUUCAAAACGGAAGGCUACGUCGUAACAAAGAAUACAGAAAAACUUUUAGCUAAACAUCUUAAGGAAACAAAAGGAAAAGUAAUCACUAGAUUUCCUCCAGAACCUAAUGGUAUUUUGCAUAUUGGACACGCUAAAGCUAUAAAUAUCAAUUUUGGACUCGCUAAAGCUUCCAAUGGAGAAUGCAUUCUUAGGUACGAUGACACGAAUCCAGAAAAAGAAGAAGAGAAAUUUUUCACCGGUAUCAAAGACAUGGUGGAAUGGUUAGGUUAUCGUCCAUAUAAAAUCACACAUUCAUCAGAUUAUUUUAAUCAAUUAUACCAAUGGGCCAUUGAUCUGACUAAAAAAGGGUUGGCUUAUGUUUGUCACCAAAAACAACAAGACAUGCAAGGUUUUAACCCACCGCCAUCCCCGUGGCGAAAUCGUUCAGUCAAAGAAAAUUUAGUGUUACUUAACGAUAUGAAAAAUGGAGUUUUUGAUGAAGGGGAAGCUACUCUAAGAAUGAAAGUCACACUUGAAGAAGGUAAACAAGAUCCUGUAGCAUACCGUAUUAAGUUUUUACCGCAUCACAGAACUAAAGACAAAUGGUGCAUCUACCCCACAUACGAUUAUACUCACUGUCUCUGUGAUUCUAUUGAAAACAUAACGCAUUCUCUUUGUACUAAAGAGUUUCAAAGUCGUAGGUCUACUUACUAUUGGUUGUGUAAUUCACUUGAUCUUUAUUGUCCCGUACAGUGGGAAUAUGGCAGACUUAAUAUGAACUACACUGUGGUUUCCAAGAGAAAAAUUAGUAAAUUAAUCGAUGAGAAAAUAGUCAAUGAUUGGGACGACCCGAGAUUAUUCACUUUGAGCGCAUUGCGCCGUAGAGGUUUUCCACCUCAGUCGAUAAAUUCGUUUUGUGCACGCAUGGGUAUCACAGGAGCGCAAACCAUUGUCGAUCCACAAAUGCUCGAUUCUGAAGUUCAAGAUUAUUUAAAUUUAACUGCACCAAGAACUAUGGUUGUUCAAGAACCUUUAAAGAUUACCAUUAGAAACUUUGAUGAAUUGAAGAAACCAAAUUUGAUUAGUGUUCCUGAUUUUCCAAACGAUCCAGACAAAGGAUCACACACUGUGGAGUUGACGUCAGUGCUGUACAUAGAAUCCACCGAUUUCAGUGAAAAUGCAGAUAAAGAUUAUCGCCGCUUAACACCUAAUCAAACAGUUGGUUUGAGGUAUGCUGGUCUUGUAGUUAAAGUAAUAGAAGUUAAAAAGAGUGGUUCGUUGAUUGAAGAAAUUCAAGUUGAAGCUUCAAUUAUUGAAAACUCAGCUAAACCCAAAGCAUUUAUUCAUUGGGUGUCAAAUCCAAUUGAAGUAACUGUUAAGUUGUAUGGACGCUUAUUUUUACACAAGAACCCUGAAGACGCAAAUCAAGUGCCUAAUGGUUACUUAAGUGACAUCAAUCCAGAUUCAUUAAAAAUAGUCAAAGCUUUUGGUGAUAAACAUUUGCUAAAAUCUUCGAUGCUUAAAAUUUAUCAGUUUGAAAGAUUAGGUUAUUAUUGUGUUGACUUUGAUUCGAACGAUACAAAUUUAGUCUUCAACAGAACUAUAGUUUUAAAAGAUGGUUCAUCUAAAUAAUCUAAAAUGUUGUUAUUUUGCUAAUAAAAUUAAAUAAAUGAAUUGUUAAAAUUA